AUGCGACAGUCGCGUGCCGCUGCCGAACGCACCGCGCGCACGCACGACGGCGCAAAGCGCCCGCCGCCACGCGCCGCUCACAGCACGCCGCGCCCCGCGCGCCCGCCGCGCCACGCCUGCCGCGCGCGCCGUGCGGUCGGCUCGGGCCCCGUGCGCCCUGGCCGUGCGUUGCCGCCGAGUGAUUUUUGUGGACGCCUGUCGAAGACUCGCCCGUCGAGAGGUGAUACCGUGUUUUCACUGCUGGAAGACCUUCAAGCAAUUCAAGUUGAAUACUUUAACAUGGCUCCUGAACUGUUAUGUUCUAAAGAGAAAAUAUUCAUCUAAAUCCAGUGUUCUGAAUAAAAGGUUUUAGAGAAAAAAAUAAAAUUGUCCUCCAUAAAUUUAUUGUAUCAUAUUAUUAUACCAUUCCACGAACAUAUUGACAAUACAUAAGCCCUAUAAACUUAUAUUUUGCUGGAAUUCUCGUUUACAUUAAUAGUUCUUCACAGUCCGACGUUUUUAUGACGUCUGUACGGUGAAUUCUCAUCCAAAGUACAGUGUCUCUUGUGAUUCUCAACUAGAGUGAAGAGCAACAAACAGAAAAAGUGUUAAUGUCAAAUUAGUUGGUG